AUGAAGGAAACUAUAAAGGAAAAUAGACCUGAUGAUAGUCAUGGACAAACAACAGAUAUGCCAAUGCUAAAUGAUGAAGAGAUAGAGAAAAUCCUCCAACCAACAGAAUUAUUCCCAGAUGAAAUAAUUACUCCAAGUAAUAAUGAUUCAAAUACGCCAUCAAAUAUUGAAACGAUAGACGGAACAAUUAAUAACAAUAACAAUACUAUUGAAAAUGAAUCCUUAUAUAAUAAAUCUAUUGCCCUAAGAAAUGAACCAACAACUGAUAUAGUAAGAAGCAAUAAUAGAAUACUUGGAAUGUAUAAUCAACAACAAUCAGAUUCACAAUCAUUACCACCACGACAAGAAUUACAUUCAAUGAAUAUAAUUAAUAGUGGAUCAUCUAAUGAUUUCCAACAACCUACAACAGCUGCAAAUCAUAGUAGAAUGGAACAAGCCAUUCAUCAAGCAACGAGAAUGCCAUCUAUGACAGAAACAAUAUAUGGAGGCAUCUCUAAUCAACAGCGACUUACAAAACAAUCACAAUCACAACCACAUAAGACUAGACCAGCAUUUGUAAAUAAAUUAUGGAGUAUGUUAAAUGAUGAGACAAAUGAACAUUUAAUUCAAUGGUCUUACGAUGGUCAAUCCUUUAUUGUGACUCGUAGAGAACAAUUUGUACAUGAAGUAUUACCAAGAUAUUUUAAACAUUCAAAUUUUGCAAGUUUUGUUAGACAAUUAAAUAUGUAUGGUUGGCAUAAAGUACAAGAUGUUAAAGCUGGGUCAAUUCAAAAUAGUUCCGAUGAUAGAUGGCAAUUUGAAAAUCCAAAUUUUAUUAGAGGUAGAGAAGAUUUAUUAAUUAAUAUUGUAAGACAAAAGGGUAAUAAUACUAGUACAAAUCAACAUCAUAAUAACAAUAAUUUACACAAUGAAAAUGAAUUUAAUGGAUUAAUGGCAGGAAUUGAUAAUAAACCGAUGUUACAUUUAAUGAAUGAACCAAGUACAUAUAGUGGUAUGGAUGUUAGAAAGGAUGUAUCAACUGUAUUAAACGAAUUAGAGACAAUUAAAUAUAAUCAAAUUGCGAUAUCGAAAGAUUUAUUAAGGAUAAAUAAAGAUAAUGAAUUACUUUGGAAAGAAAAUAUGGUUGCACGUGAACGUCACAGAACUCAACAGCAAACUCUUGAAAAAAUAUUUAGAUUUUUAACAUCUAUGGUACCUCAUAUGGAUCAAAAGAUGUUAAUGGAUGGGAUAAUGAAUUUUACAGAUAAUAGUAAUAAUGGGAAUAAUGGUAAUAAUAAUAAUAAUAAUAAUAAUAACAACAACAAUAAUACCAAUAACAAUGGAAACAAUGGCAAUCCAAUAGAUAAAAAUUCAACAUUUGAUAAUAAUAGUAAUAAUAAUUUCUCAAAUGAUCAUAAAGAUUUCAAUGAUGGCAAUUCAAGAUUUCAUGAAGAUGUGUUUGAUGAAGUAAUAGAUAAUACAAGGAAAAAUAAUGUUAAAGAUGGUAAUACUAACAACAACAGCAACAAUAAUAAUUCCGGUAUCAAUACUAAUAGUAGUACUAAUCAUAAUAAUAAUAUCAAUAUGAACGACCAUAAUGGAUAUUAUGUGGGGAAUUCAAAUAUACGUACUUCAACAUUUGAUUCUCCUUCAACCCAAUUUUACAAUGAAUUUAAUAAUAAUGAUGGAGUACAAGAUAAUUCACACCCCAAUAUUCAAUCUUAUAAUUCCUACAAUCCAUAUGAUUACAUGCCACGCCAUCCUACUCAAAAGACAAGAUUAUUAUUAAAAAAUAGAUCGAAUUCCAGUUCUUCAAGUAAUAUUCCAACCAUUUCACCGAAUAGUUUAAAUAAAGACAGUAAAAUAUUGGAACUUCCAUUGGAUGAUGAAGAAUUAGAGACCAAUCCACCUACAGUAAAUUCCACCACAUCAAAAAAAGAUGAUGAAAGAAAUGAUCCAAAUAUUGUAUCGUCAAAAUUUUUAGGAAAUAUACAAUCUAAUAUAGAUGAACAAGAUUUACGUAUUCAACAUUUAGAAGAUAUGGUAAAAGGAUUAUCUCCAAUGAAGGAUAAGAAUGAUAGCCAUAACGGUAAUGCAUUUAGUUUACAGGAUUAUUUUACUAGUGAUGUACUUCCAGAUACACAAAAUAAUAGUAAUAGUACAACAUCUAAUCCACAAACACAAACACAAACUCAAACACAACAAGAACAUGGUGAAGGAUUAACCCCAUUAUUUUAUGAUGAUAACACAUUAUUACAUGUUACAGAUCCACCAUUACAAACGGCAACAGAUAAUUUUAGAUCGAACAAUCACAAACGUAAAUCAAUAGAUAAUAAUAAAUCUAAUGAUGUUAAAAUUGAAGAAUUAUCACCUGAACCUGACCUUAAACGUCCCAAAUUCACGUAA